AGAGGAGUUACAGAGAGAGAGAGAGAGAGCAAAUAAAGUCUGUUGAGUUGGGAAAGAGAGCACAUUACAUCGAGAGAGGAAGAUGUUACUUUAACUUUAUUACUUUCUGAUUUAUCUUCACAAUGUUGGAAAGUUAGUGUGUGUGUGUGUGUGUGUGUGUGUGUGUGUGUGUGUGUGUGUGUGUGACACAGCGGCAGUAAGUCAUGGAACUGGAGCGUUUAGGUGGCGGUGGGGUCAAACCCGAGAGGGGCAACAGUCGUCUCUACAGGAUCGCGCUGGCCAUGUGUGUGUGUGUCUGCGCCGCUCUGCUGCUAGCACUCAUACUGGUUUCUCAGAAAUCUAGCCAGGAGGAGUUCUGUCUGACCCCAGAAUGCAUCGAAGCAGCGGGGUCUGUUCUGAGUAAAAUGGAUCAGUCCGUUAACCCCUGCGAGGACUUCUAUGGUUUCUCCUGUGGCGGUUGGUUAAAGGACAACCCGAUCCCUGAAGACUCCUCCUCGUUUGGCAUCUACCCUUGGCUGCGACAGAAUGUAGACCUCCGACUCAAAGAGCUACUAGAAGCUCCUUCAGACCCCGAUGAACUGGAGGCCGUGACUAAAGCUAAGAUCCUCUACCGCUCCUGUAUGAAUGAGACUAUACUGGAGAAGGUGGACACCAAACCCAUGCUGAAAACACUUCGACAGCCUGAGUUUCGGUGGCCCGUGGUGGGGGAUGGGCUCGGCGGGGAGUACCAGUGGUCGGCGGAGGAGUGGAGCCUCCUGAAGACUCUGGCAGAGAUGAGGAACCAGCACAGUAAGAGUGUCCUGGUCCGCCUGUACGUCAGCCCCGAUGACAAGAUAUCCUCACAAUACAUCAUCAAGCUCGAUCAGGCGUCCUUGACUCUGCCCUCCAGGGAGGACUACAUCGCCAACACUUCCUCUGCCCGGGCGUACCGGGCGGCCUUGCUGAGUUGGAUGGCGGACACGGCCGUCAUGCUGGGCGCUCCGGAGAAAGCAGCGCUGACCCAAAUGAAAGAGGCUCUUGACUUCGAGACCAAACUGGCUCACAUCCUGAUUCCACCUGAAAACCGCAACGGUGACAACAUGUACAACAAAAUGUCACUCUCUGACCUACAGAGCUCCAUACCACAGUUUGAUUGGCUGGGCUUCGUUACAGCUGUGGUGGAGUCUGAAGCCGACCCGGCUCGGUCCAUCUCCUCCUCUGAGCUCGUCAUCGUCCGAGCGCCGCAGUACUUCAAAGACCUUUUCAAGCUCAUUGACACCACAGACAGCAGGACUGUAUCUAACUACGUACAGUGGAGGUCGGUGUUAUCCAGGAUCACCGCUCUGAGCCGUCGUUUCCUUUACAGAUACCUGGACUUUGCUCGGGUAACCACGGGAACCACCUCCCUGACCCCGCGCUGGGACAAGUGUGUUAACUACGUGGAGAACUCGCUUGUGUACGCCACCGGGCGCCUCUUCGUCAACACACACUUCGAGGAGGACAAGAAACACAUGAUGGAGGAGCUGAUCGACGGCGUUCGCUGGGCGUUCAUCGACAUGCUGCACAAGGAGAACGACUGGAUGGACCCACCGACGAAGACGAAGGCCGUGGAGAAGGCUCAUGCAGUCCUGGCUAAAGUCGGCUAUCCCGAGUUCAUCCUGAACAACACCUUCCUCAAUGAAGAUUUAAAGCAGCUCAGGUUCAGUGAGAAGGACUACUACGGGAAUGUGAUGCAGACGUUGAAGUUCAUCGCCCAGUCUGACAUCGCCUGGCUCCGAAAGAGCGUCCCGCGUACAGAGUGGUUCACAAACCCAACGACCGUGAACGCCUUCUACAGUUCCUCCACCAAUCAAAUCAGGUUCCCUGCCGGAGAGCUUCAGAAGCCCUUCUUUUGGGGAAGAGAGUAUCCGAGGUCAUUAAGCUACGGCGCCAUCGGGGUGAUCGUCGGACACGAGUUCACGCACGGCUUUGACAACAACGGUCGCAGGUACGACAAAAAUGGCAACCUGGGCCAAUGGUGGACCAACUCGUCUAUAACAGCCUUCACUGAGAAGACCCAGUGUAUGAUAGACCAGUAUAAUGGCUACCGCUGGCAGGAGGCGGGGCUAAACGUUCGGGGGAAGAGGACUCUGGCAGAAAACGUAGCGGACAACGGCGGAAUAAGAGAGGCUUUUAGGGCGUACCGGCGGUGGGUGGAGCAGAGCAGAGGUGGCGUGGAGGAGCCUCGGCUGCCCGGAGUCGCACUGAGCAACAACCAGCUGUUCUUCCUCAGCUACGCACAUGUGAGAUGUAACUCAUACAGACCAGAAGCAGCCAAGGAACAGGUCCAGAGUGGAGCUCACAGCCCGCCGAAAUACAGGGUCAUCGGAGCGAUGAGCAACUACGGAGAGUUCCGGAAAGCCUUCAGCUGCCCCGAGUCGUCGGUCAUGAACCGCGGUGCGGAGUCCUGCCGGGUGUGGUGACCUUUGACCUCGGCGUGACCCUGAACCCGGGCCAGAGCUGCCGGACAAAAGGCAGAUGACGCUGAACUCGGCAGACGUGGUUUUCCGUGACGUGGGAACAAUAAAAAACGAGUUCUUCUCACAGAAAAACACACUUUCAUGUUUAAAUGUUAAAAGACUGAAGCCAUUUUUUUAAAAAGGCUUCUGUAUAUUGUUACUGCAACAUAUUUUAAAAACUUUUUCCACAGGUACAUAAAUCAUGUUUAUGGAUUUUAUAUAUAUUUUAAAGUAAAGGUACAUUGAGUAUCCUGGUUUUUACAGGAACCUGUAUGUCAAAUAACUUUAGAUAGAUAUAUAAUAAUCUUUUUUAAUAAUUGUAAAAACUUGUGUGCCAGUUAAUAAAUGUAAAUGAUGUCAAA